ACAGUGACAAGACCCCUGGCUGGGCUUCUCUUACAGCUAGGAGCCAAUGGCAGGAGACAGAACCAAACCCUGUGAGCUGGACCAAGAAAAGUAUGAUGCUGACGACAAUGUGAAGAUCAUCUGCCUGGGGGACAGCGCAGUGGGCAAGUCCAAUGUUUAUUACUGAUUGAACAGCGUACAUCUUUGCACUUCCUUACACUGUGGAGUUCCAGCAAUAAACCACUCAUCUGACAACUGCUCUGGUUCACAUUCCAUUCUGGCCAAGAGACAGUAAAGUAAAAUACUCAAUAUUUCAGUUGCUCAGGUCAGAGAGAAAUGAAGGAGUAUGUGAUGGGUAGAACUACUUCCCUAUUAGAGUUAUCACUGCUUAGGUGACAUUUUGUAGAUGCGGACAUACAGAAUGGCUUUUAUUUGGAGGGUGCAGCCUUCCUGGCCUAAGGUUACCCAUGUGUAAAACAAAAGUAAUUCCAUGUCCCACAGUGUGCUGAGGUAGAAAUAAUGGAUCUGAAAUCCUAACAUGGGCUGGUCUGUAUCCUAAUAGUGAUAUGAGUGGUUUUGCUGUGAGAGGUUGGUAAUGGUGAUUUCCAAGCUAGGGGCUUGACGUAGAAACUGGCUGGAAAUUAGUUGGUGGCUUCCAUAUUGUGGGCCAGAGCCUGUUGACGUAGGGAUAAAGAGGAGAAAGGGAUGCCACCUGACCUUGCAUAUUCCCCCUACAGGCUUAUGGAGAGAUUUCUCGUGAAUGGAUUUCAGCCACAGCAGCUGUCCACGUACGCCCUGACUCUGUAUAAGCAUACAGCCACUGUGGACGGCAAGACCAUCCUUGUGGACUUUUGGGAUACGGCAGGCCAGGAGCGGUUCCAGAGCAUGCAUGCCUCCUACUACCACAAGGCCCAUGCCUGCAUCAUGGUCUUCGAUGUACAGAGGAAAGUCACCUAUAAAAACCUGAGCACCUGGUAUGCCGAGCUUCGAGAGUUCAGGCCAGAGAUCCCAUGCAUCGUGGUAGCCAACAAAAUCGAUGCAGACCUACAAGUGACCCAAAAAAGCUUCAAUUUUGCCAGGAAAUUCUCCCUGCCCCUGUACUUUGUCUCAGCUGCUGAUGGCACCAACGUUGUGAAGCUCUUCAGUGAUGCAAUUCGAUUAGCUGUGUCUUACAAGCAGAAUUCCCAGGACUUCAUGGAUGAGCUUUUAGCGGAGCUCGAGAACUUCAAGUUGGAGCAGAAAGAGGAAGAUGCACCAGACCAAAAGCAGAGUGGCAAGACCAAGAGCCCAUCCCUCUCCUGAUCAGAGGGCAGCCUGUUGUUCCUGACACGGGGAUAAACCUGGGGAUACCCCUCAAGCUCUGAAGGGAGGGCCCCUCCAAGCCACCCCUGCUCGGCAUCCUGCAAACCCACAUCCAUGGUGCCGGAGGCGAUGGGCACUGACACACUCUGGACCCACAUGAAGACCCACUUCAGUUAGGGAUUGGUGUCUUUCACACCUCCCUGCCCACCCUGGCCAACAGUGGAGAGAAUCCAGAAACACUGUGUCUCUUUAGUAAACAGACUUUCAGGCAGUUGGGUUUUUUCUUCCCAAAACUGACCUCGGGGACUAUUCCUGGUACUUCUGCCAAAAAAAUGAUUUCUUAUCCCUGGUUACAGCAUUCCCCUACAGCAGAAUGUGUGAGGCUCUGUUCUUUUUCCCCUUUAGUAAACCAGCCAGCUUUUUUAAAGAUGUUUUUAAGCAGACAGAUUGUAGAUUUUACUCCGUUUCAGGAGAUCGUGUGGGUCAGGCAGACAUUAUAGGAACAGGUUAGCCAUUUAAGUAAAAGCAGGUGUUGGGUAUAGCUGUAUUUGGUCCAACACAUCAGAUUGUACAGCCACACCACAAGAAAUACCCAUUUGGAUUACAAAAAAAAUGAUUUUCAGAACAGCUACCAUUAGAGCCUCUGUCGGUAUAGGAAGAUUUCCUCCGCUACUGCAGGAAGAGUUCAGCACUGCCUUCUGGAGGUGGCUGAGGCAUGUAAAGGAAGACUUGUCUGCUGCCUUUCCUCCCCUGCCCAGGAGCUGUGGCUUGAUAAUAUGCCCUUAUUAUCAUCUAUGGCAUUAUUUGCAUUGUUGUCAGUAAUUUAUUUUGUUAGUCUCUCUUAUAAUAAAAAUUGAAUUAAAAUAC